AUGGCAUCUCCACGGAAUGAAUGGGAGAAACGCAUCUCGGAGCUCAUCGUUGAGUCUAAGAAGCACGAGACCGCAUACCUCGAGCGCAUUGGGAGCUUCGCCGUAUACAUCCAUCCCACCGUAUACUCCCCAAAGUACUUCCCCGAAACUCUUUGGUACGGUGAGAGUCUCCCCUCAAUCGUCCAGGGAAAAUCGUUUCUUGAAGUCGGCGUUGGCUCGGGGCUCGUGUCCCUCCACCUCGCCGCAUCCGGCUCCACCGUCGUAGGUGUCGACAUCAACCCUUACGCCGUCGAGACGACUCGAAUGAAUUUUAAGGCCAACAGCCAAGCCGGCUCAUUCUUCGUGAGCGACAUUUUUGGAAACGUCUCUGGAACGUUUGACUUUAUCUUCUGGAAUCACCCAUGGCAGAUUGACGCGAGUAUUCCGCAGGAGUUAAAGUCUGAAAAGACAUUUGACGAGGACUACCGGCUCCUAAAGCGAUUCAUAGCUCAGGCCAAAAAUUAUCUCACCGAAGACGGAUCAAUUCUGCUAGGAACGAGUUCCUACGCUGACUUGGAGGCCAUGGUGGCCAUCUACGCCGCCAAUGGAUACGCUCACGAGAUUGUUCGCCAAGGCCAGCGAUCCAUCGGAAAGGGCGUGAUAGAAGAGUAUUACAUCGUUCAAGUCCGACAGUGCUAG